AUGUUGUACCUCGAAGACUAUCUGGAGAUGAUCGAGCAUUUGCCGCAGGAAUUGCGCGACAGAUUCACUGAGAUGCGUGAGAUGGAUCUAAGCGUCCAAAACAAUACGGACGCGCUGGAUAAACGUGUGCGCAUGCUGUUUCAGCAAUGUCGCCGCAGUGAAAUUUCAUCUCCGAUGGCGGACGUCGAGUUUGACUCGAUUCGCACCAACUACUACAGAGUGCUGGACGAUUCGGAUGAGAAAAUACAGCUGGCGGGCCAGAUGUACGAUCUGGUUGAACGCUAUCUGCGACGUCUCGAUACCGAGCUGGCCAAGUUCAAGUCUGAGCUGGAAGCGGACCAUAACGGCAUUACCGAGAUAUUGGAGAAGCGUUCAUUAGAGCUGGACAGCCUGACGAGCAAUGGCGGUACGAACCAGAAGGAAAAUCGAUUCUACGACACGCAAAAUUCGCACGGUUCGAGCCAUGGCAGUCGCUCGGACAGCCGGCACAAGUUGAAGACCGAAAAGCGCCGCUACAGUGUGGCAACGGGCGUGCCGAUGUCAUCGAUGGAGAAACGGACGUUGGCCGGAUCGUCGAAGCCGCUCAACAAUAGCAACAUGCGUCCCAACACACCCGCUGUCCUCGCUCCGGGAGGAGCUGUGGCGGGCAGUGUCGUUGGCGGUGUGGCGGGUGUCACGGGUAUUGGGACGGUGCCGAGUGGCAUCAACACUGUCGCCUGUGCCCAAUCGGUGCCGGUGAUGAAUGCAUCACCCAGCACGGCUACGGUGGCCGCCACCUACAAUCUGCAGACGUGCGGUGCUGGCAAUGCGAUCGUGGCUGCCGCCAGCCAAGCGAUCGCGCAGACGCAGCAGAUGCAGCAGGGACGACGUACGGCGAGCUUGAAAGCAUCAUAUGAAGCAAUCGGUGGUGUGGGAUCGCACGAGCUGCUGCUCAACAGCGAGCUAGCCGGUGCGACACACAACGCCUUGCAAGCGGUCGAACGGGAGUCGACUGCAUUUUCGAACCAACGCCGUCAGCGUAAGAAAACCGUUGGUACGUCACUGGGUUGUAGUAAUAUGCGUACAAAUUCUACGAUGUUGGUAAAUGCAUCAUCAAUUGCUUCUAUUUUGUCCUCACCCUCGCCGAAUGUUCAACCACUUUCUAGCUCGCCUGCGUUAUCGUUAUCGUCUGUGCAAGUAAAUUCCACUCCAAUACAGCAGCAUCAAAGCCAGCAGCAGCAGCAACAGCAGCAGCAGCAGCAACAACCACAGCAGCAACCUUUUAUGCAACAACAUUCGCUAAAUCAUCAAAUUCCAGUCCAAUCGCAGCAGUUACUAAUUCAUGCUAAUACACCCGUUACAUUACAACAUCAGCUGCAACCAGUAAUGCAGCAAAUUUCCCUUUCGCAAAACCAAACUCAAACAGGUGUAAAGCAGCAGCUACUACCCGGUCAACAGCAGCAGCAGCAUCAAAUCAUUAAUCAACCGCACAAACCGGUGCAACUCGUGUCAGCCCAGCAUCGGAUGCCGCGGCAGUUGCAACCGCAACAGUUGCAGCAAUCCAUCCAGGCUCAGCAUCUUCAGCAGCAGCAGCAGUUGCAGCGACCGCAACUACUCCAACAGCAGUCGCAGCAGCUGCACACGGUCCCGCACCAGCAGCUACUGCAGGCCCAGUCACAGCAGAAACAACAGCAGCUGCAGCAGCAUAAGCCAGUGCAGCACGCGUCUUUCCAACAUCAAGGCCAAACGCAACAACAGCCACAUCUAGUGCAGCAGCAGGUAGUUCAGCACAUACAGCAGCUACCGGUGCAACAGCAACAUCCACUUUUGGAUCAUCAGCACAAAGAUAUGCAGUUGCAGCAAACGAUGCAACAGCAGCUGUCGCAACAGCAGCAAUUGUCGCAGCAGCAGCAGUCCCAGCAGUUGUUGCAACAGCAGCCCCAACAAGUGCUGCAACAGCAGCAGCGGCAGCUUAUUUUGCAUCAACAGCCUCAGCUGCAGGUUACCCAGCAGCAGCUGUUACAGCAACAGCAGCAACAGUUACAGUUGCAAAAUAAGCAGCAGCAGCAGCAGCUGUUGCAACAACAUGCUGGACAGCAGGCUGUGCAAGUCCUUCCGCAAUCGAUACAUCCGCAGCAGCUACAGCAGCAACAGCCAUUCUUGACCACGGUCACGCAACCGACGACUAGUGCCACGGUGGUGAAUGUGUCCUCGUUCAUGAACCCUCUUAUUUCGCCCAAUCCCAGCCCCAGCACUAGUACCGCUAGCAACAACAACAGCACUAAUAAUACCGAGCCGGCUGUUAAUCUCGACCAGACAGCAGAAGGUGAAUGGUUCGAUCCGAACGAACCACGGUACUGUCUCUGCAACCAAGUGUCGUACGGUGACAUGGUAGCAUGCGAUAAUGAAGAUUGUCCGUUCGAAUGGUUCCACUACCCGUGCGUUAAUAUUAGCUCAUCCCCGAAGGGCAAAUGGUACUGUCCGCAGUGCAGCAGCUCCAUGAAGCGACGUGCAUCACGGAAAAAUUAA